AUGAGGAGGGACAGCCAGGCUGGACGUGCAUGUGGCGCCGUAUUGGGAGAGUUCCUGCAUCCCUGUGAAGAUGACAUAGUUUGUAAAUGUACUACAGAUGAAAAUAAGGUGCCUUAUUUCAAUGCUCCAGUUUAUUUAGAGAGCAAAGAACAAAUUGGUAAAGUGGAUGAAAUAUUUGGACAAAGAGAUUUUUAUUUUUCUGUUAAAUUGUCCAAAAAUAUGAAGGCAUCUUCCUUUAAAAAACUUCAGAAGUUUUAUAUAGACCCAUAUAAACUGCUACCACUGCAGAGGUUUUUACCUCGACCUCCAGGUGAGAAGAGACCUCCAAGAGGUGGUGGCAGGGGAGGUCGAGGAGGAGGAAGAGGCGGAGGUGGCCGAGGUGGAGGAAGGGGUGGUGGUGGUUUCAGAGGUGGAAGAGGAGGUGGAGGUGGAGGCUUCAGAGGAGGAAGGGGUGGUGGUGGUUUCAGAGGGAGAGGACGUUAAGUGUAACAGUUGACAGAGAAACUUCCUGCAUGAUCUACUUCUAUGGAUCAGAAACUUGUUUCUUGAGCAAGUCUUGAAGAACUGGUCAUUUUCUGACAGUCGGACUAAAAUGUCAACGCCAUGCAAAAAUGAGUGCAACAGAAUAGACCGUUUUGCUCUAAAAGAGUAUGAACAAAUGUUUUAAUGUUUUGUACAAUGAUUGGAACUUUGUGGGUGCUUAAUGGGCAGUUUUCAUUUGAAGCAUACUUGGACUUUUUAA